AGGUGGAGAUUCAGAAUUCAAUGGCACCUCAGUUCAGACUGUUCAUCGAGGAAAGUCAGUCAAUAUCAGUUGUAAAUACAAACCAUCAAGUGACACUAAAUGUUUCACAGUGGAACUGAAAACUAAUAAUAAACUGUGUUCAUUAAUGAAGAGUAACAAUUCAUUGAUACAUCACUCAUGUAAAGAACACAUUAGAUUUAUUCCAAAGACUGAGGAAAUGUCAUUUGAGGUAUCAAAUCUGCAGAUAAAUGAUACUGGCACUUACAUAUGUGUUGUGACAAGAACCAUACCACCUCCUUCUGAGCUUUUGGGUGAAGAAAGAACAUUUGUUCAAGUGAUUGAGCAGGUGUGGAUGAGAAAUGGAGGAUUUCAGAACGUCUCUCUCACAUACAACAUUAACAAAACCAACCCAGAUGAAUCAUUCACCCUCCAUUCAUAUUUGAAGGUAUCUGACUGUACAAACUACUCGUGUUGGGUAAAUCACUCAUCCCUGAGCCAACCAAUGAUUCUCCACCUGCCUCCUGCUGACUGUUAUGAGAACAGAGGGAGGUUUAGAGUUUUGUUCAUCUCUGCACUGCUGACUCUUGUCCUCCUGAUCAUCGCAGUAAUGUGUUGUCCAUGGAGAUCCUGUCAACAGCCUGUAGAGGUCAGUGUCCCAUCUGAGCUCAUCCUGCACUCUGAACUGAAGACUGAGGUGGUGUAUUCAGUUCUGAGUGAUCAUCAUCCAGCUAACAGUCACCUCCACAAUACUGAUUUGUUAUUCCAGUGAGCCAUAGCUUGUGCAAAUACAGUUUAAAACCAUGAUUUGUGUCAUUUAUUUAUUUAUUUAUUUAUUCAAUUCUCAAGCAAUAUUGGUCAAUCUGAUUUUAUCUGGGGUGGAGCAAGUUUUUAGCCAGUUUUAGCAAGUUCUCAGUAAAAUCACUAAAUUUAACCAUGUCUGAAAACC